AUGGGCUUUAACUUGAAGAUUGUUGGUGGUACCAGUAAUUUGGAAUUGGCUAAGAAGGUUGCUCAAUUCUUACAAAUCGAUCUUACUGAAACCAAGGUUUACAAGUUUGCUGAUAGUGAAAUUGGUGUUCAAAUUAUGGAAAAUGUCAGAGGUAGUGAUGUUUAUGUUAUUCAAUCAACAUGUACUCCUGUCAAUGAUAACUUUAUGGAAUUGUGUCUUAUUGUCGAUGCUUUGAAGAGAGCCAGUUGUAAUAGAAUUACUGCUGUUGUUCCAUAUUACGGAUAUGCUAGACAAGACAGAAAGACCAAGCCAAGAGUCCCAAUUUCUGCUGCCCUCGUCUCUAGAUUGUUAGAAUCAUCAGGUGUUGAUCGUGUCUUGUCUGUUGACUUGCAUUGUGGUCAAAUUCAAGGUUUCUUCAACAUUCCAGUUGACAAUCUCCAUGCCAAACCAGUUUUGGUCGAUCAAUUCUAUCAAAGAAUCGUUUUAGGUGAAUCAUUGAAGACUGUUUCCGAUUAUCAAGGACUUGUUGUCGUUUCACCAGAUGCUGGUGGUGCAGAACGUGCUGAUAACUUUAGAACUGCAUUGAAUGAACAAGAUCCAUCUCUCCAAGCUUCUAUGGCUGUUAUGAAUAAGAAGAGAGUUGAAGCCAAUAAGGUUUCCACAAUGGAAUUGGUCGGUAAUGUUGAAGGUAAACACUGUGUCAUUGUUGACGACAUGAUUGACACUGCUGGUACUUUGGCUAUGUGUGCUCAAAUUUUGAAGGACAAUGGUGCUAAGAGAGUCUUUGCUUGUGCCACCCAUGGUUUAUUCAAUGGAGCUGGUGUCAAGAAGAUGGAAGAAAGUGUCAUUGAAAAGGUUAUUGUCACAAACACUGUCCCACUCCCAGCUGAAAAGCAACACGAAAAGAUUAUUCAAGUCUGUGUCAGCAAAUUGGUUGGUGAAGCUAUUAGACGUGUUCACAAUGAAGAAUCUGUCUCAAGCUUGUUCUAA